AUGAAAGAAAAGUAUCGCUCUACAGAUCUUGAACCUACUCUUAACAUCUGGGACUUUGCCGGCCAAGAUUUGUACUAUACAACCCACCAGACAUUUCUGUCUUCUCGGGCGAUCUACCUGGUUGUUUUCAACCUCAGUCAAGAUCUUGACAAACCAGUGCCGUUCCCAGAUAAUGCAGCAUGUAACGAUGGAAGCGGAGGUUCUGUCACAUAUAGGACAUCCCCUAUUCAGUAUUUGGAUUUCUGGAUGCAGUCAAUUUACACCUACACCAAGAAAAACUACUCACAAAAGGAAUUGAAGCAGAACUCCCCGCCAAUAUUCAUAGUUGGUACACACAGAAACAGUGUUGGUGGGGAUGAUAUGCCAGAAGAUCAACGUAAAACUUUGAUAAAGAAAAUAUUUGACCGGAUUCACAAUGAGAUCAAGGACAAGCCGUACUACAGACAUGUGGUUUCUAAAUUCUACUCAGUAGAGAACUCUCUAGAAGACAACAGAAAGAUUCAAGAACUACGCAAGCACAUAGAAGACGUAGCAGAAGAAGAGCCUUACAUGGGAGAAAAAAUCCCUUUGGAGUGGCUGACGUUUGAUGAUAAGAAGGGAAAGAUAAGUGGUGGAAAACCUGUUAUGACGCUGAAGCAGGUAAUGGAUGGCUUUGGGAUUGAAGAUGAACCUGAACUGCUGACGAUGCUAAAGUUCUAUCACGAUCUUGGCCACAUAAUAUACUUUGGAGGGGAUGGUGCCAAGGAAAGUCAGACACUGAAAGAUGUUGUCAUUCUGGAUCCACAUUGGCUGAUCAAAGCCUUUAAGAAGAUCCUCACUGUUGAACCUCGAAAAGAACAGACCGUAAAGUAUCGCAAAUCUUGGGAUCGACUGAAAGACAAAGGAAUAUUGGAGGAUUUUCUUAUCGACCACAUGUGGCAAGACAUCCGUGAGCACAAACAGGCCCUGCUGGAUCUGAUGGACAAGUUUGACCUUCUCUGUGAGCGUGUUGAUGAGUCUCGAGAGGAAGAGAAAAGUACCCCUGCUUCAUCCACGGCCACACAGCCUUGCCCCGCAAAUGCAUCUUAUUAUGUGCCUUCAAUGUUGCGGCAGCAGACAUCACGUUCACCUCAACCUCAGACAACUGAGAUGAACUCAAACGUGUUCUAUGUGGACUUCAAAGAAUUCCUCCCUGAUGGAUUGCACCAUCGGUUGGUUGUGCGAGCUUUGCGAUGGUCUCAAAAAUUGGGUGGAACAAAUCCUUUCCUGCUCUAUGAUCGAGCAAAUUUCUAUGUAGAUGACCAUCACAAGUUUGCACUGCAAAUGGUGCACGAAUCAAACCUUGCAUACAUCAAAGUGAGUGUCAUGAGGGUAGAAGUUUAUCCACCUCCACAAUAUGUCAAUGCACCUUCAGCUGAUGUCACUCGUAAGGUCAAAGACUUUGUGGAAGAGAAUUUGCAGAAGUUGAAAACCAUGUGGAUUGAGCGAAUCAAAUAUUGCAUUAGUGUGCAGUGUCCUAAUGAGAAUGACAAGGUUACCCACUUUCUACCACUGGAAGAAUGCUUGGAAAAGCCAGAAGUUGUCUGCCGCUUUGAGAAUUCUCAAGUAGUCAUCAAAACGGACAGAUUCCAAGCCAUGUUCAAGCAGGAAAGCUCCGAGGAAGAAGCUUCCGCUCGUGAGGAUAUACAGCCCAUGAGUGAUAUCCAUUUCAGACAGAUAGCGAAAGACAUUGGUAACGAGUGGAAGCAAUUGGCCUCAUACCUUGGUAUCAGAAAAGAAGAAGUUGACAAGAUUGAGAUAGAUCACAGACAAUCGGUCAAUGAGCAAAUAUUCCAAAUGCUGGUACUGUGGAGGCAAAAGCGUGGAAAUAAAGUGAACGAGAUGCGCAAAGAGCUCAUCGAUGCUCUAAUACAGGUUGACAGACGUGACCUAGCAGAUAAAGUGCAGAAUCGCUGUAAAGUAACUCGUCGGUAUCGGUCGACUCAGAAGAGGAGAUGUAGAUGUCUUGUUUCAUAGGGGUUUUUCAUGAGAGGUAUAUCGCAGACUAUCAAGAGAGAUUAACAACAGUAAUUUGUUCAAGGCAUUUGCAUGAGGGGGACAGUAAAUGUGUCAAUUACAACCUCUGUAACGCAUGAAAAAGUGCUGAAAUCACUUUUGUUUUGCUGGUCACGCAUGUUUGCACAUAAUCAGUGUGGUUAAACAUAUGUUCAAAAGUUGGUAGUCUUCCAUACCACUCCGAAAUAAUCUCCUAUCAGAUUUUUGAUAAUUUUAAUUUUGUAAAAUAUGACGU